AUGGAAAUAUGCAAUAGGAAGCGGGGUGAUGAGGGUAUGGGGCCGAAGAUCGAGACAAGUCUGGGCAUGGGCGAGACUCAGGCAAAGCAGGCAGUGAAAGUGAAACCCAUCUACCUCCAAGCACUCUCGUGUAACACAGCCAAGGAAUGCGGAGUUGGAGGAAUGCGGAUCCUGCCUGUGAACGUGAAAAAGGAUGGUCAGCGUAAGCAAUAUCACCUGCGUCUCUCAGUCAUGGGCCGUUGA